GCCAGAAAUAACAUAUCUAUUAUUUGAAUCGAACUUGUCUUUUAUAGGCGAUUACAAAUGGUAACUGCCAAAUAUACUAAUGGCUGAUUAAUUACAACAUUAAUACGGAAUUAAAUACAUAAUUGAGUCACACAUUAAUUACUUUGGCCGUUAUUGUUCCUGACUGGCAGGCUGGACGCUUGAGCUCCCUCCUGCUCGACUGGACGGUGGGCUCCCCGUUAGGCUGGAGGAAGGCUGCUGAUCGGGAUCGAAGCAAGCUCCUGGCUAGGCUGGAAGGCAUGCUCCUAGCUGGGCUGGUCGGCAGGCUCCUGGUUGGGCUGGAAGGUAGGCUCCCCACUGGGCUGGAGGCAGGUUGUCGACUGGGGUGGAAGGCAGGCUCCCCACUGGGCUGGAGGCAGACUGUCGGCCGGGCUGGAAGGCAGGCACCCCGCUGUGCUGGAGGCAGGCUGCCGGCUGGAAGGUAGGUCAUCUUGGGCUUCCACUCCUCGAUGGGCUUGAUUGGUUGGGCCGGCUCGAGCGUUGGGUCACUGGGCUUGGGCCUGCUGGUCCAAGUUCGGGGCCUAGACCGAUCAAACUCUAGGUCUAGUCCCAUAACCUCAUCAUAUAGAUAAGUAGUUUUUUUUUUCAAAAACAAGUUAUAAUUUGUUAUAUGAUGGGAUAUUGUUUGAAUCUUUCAAAUUGAAUGAUUGGUUUGCCCGAUCCUCAUAGAAUUGGAUCAAAUGGAUGAUAGUGUUUUCACAUUUACAACACAAUAUAAAUCAAUUUUAAAAAUGUACUAUGUGCGUAAGAGUUAUUUAAAAAAUAAUUAGAACUCGGCCCAGCCAAGAAAUUAACUUUUGAAAAUACAUCUCCAUAUUGGGAGUCAAAUAUUUUCUGUAUCACUCUCUUUUAUUGCUGCCUAUUCUUUAGCAUUACCAUGUUUAUUUCUUACCUUGUUUAGCUUAUUUCUCUUGCUUUUUAUUCUGGCUGCACACUCUGUUUUUGAAUACGAAAUACAAAGAAUAUUCUUGCCUUUCUACAUGGUAUCAGAACGGGUUCAACCCACAAAACUCUAACCCAAAUCAGUCACGGGUGGAGAAGAUGAUGCGAGGAAGAAGAAAACCGAGGGAGAAAUCCUUGGAUUCAAACUCACCAUACUACAUCCAUCCAUCUGAUUAUCUAAAACAAAUGCAGGUGAACGAUGUGUUGAAUGGUAGCAAUUACAACGAUGGGGUGCAGGAGAUGGAGAAUUUCCUUCUUGCAAAAAAUAAAAUUUGUUUUGUAGAUGAGUCCAUUGAAAAUCCAGACAAGAAAUCGCAGACUUACAUGUCAUGGUUACGCUGUGACGUUAUGAUAAAGGGGUGACUGACAACUGCUAUGGAUAAGGAGAUUAGAAGUAGCGUGAAGUAUGCAAAUACAGCAGCCGAAAUAUGGUCGGACUUAAAAGGAGACAUCGGUCUGCAACUCCUCCUUUAUCUUCUACCCUUCUGGUUCAUAACCAGUGACAGUGCUUGAAAAUCGGGAUCGAAUUUGGGGGUAGGUGAGGCUAGGGCGGGGCUACGGCAGUUUUGAAGGGGAUGGGGAUGUGGGUUGGGCGGGGCUUGGGCAAUUCCGAUGAGGCUGGGACAUGACUGGUGGAGGAGGGGCUGGGACGGGACCGGUGAAGGAGGAGCGGGGUUGGGGGCUGGUCACUAUAGCUUCAAUACUAUUUCUCUUCCGGCUUGCACCUCACAGUCCUCACCUAGUUGUCCGCUAGGUUCAAGGAUUCGUGGCUCGCUGCGAUUCAAGUUUUCUAACAAAUGAAUUGGAGAAAUAAAAGCAAGGCAUUACGUCUUUAUAUCUGGUCCAGCACAAUGUAAGAUCACAAGCUAUCACUGGAGUAUGGUUAAUUCACUGAGCUGCAGCCCGACGGUCAUUGGUCACUAAGCAAAGGUCAUUCAGCCAUGGUCACUGCGGGUGGGAUCGGUCAACGGGUCACUAGGCGACAGUCAAUGAUCACUAGGCGCCUAGGUGCCAAUCUGAUACGCCAAUCAAUCAAACCAGAGGAUCACCUCCAAAUCAGAUAAGGGCGCACCACACGAGUAAGGAAAGCAAAUCAAGACCCGUCAUUUAUUUAUGGCUAAGAGAAGAUUCAGCUCAUUUCUUUGGGGGAAUAAGGCGGCAGAAAACCAUGCAGGGAAAGGAGAAAUCUAUGGCCAUCAGAUCACUUUAUUUUAGUCAAUUCAUUUAUGUAUUUUCCUUAUUUACUUUUGUAGCAAACAAUAGGCCAUUAGAAUAAAUAGCCUACACUGUUGUUUUUGGGAGAUCAUCGAGAAAAUAAAACACCGUUUAUUCUUGCCGUUAGGCUGGGAAUUUGGAGUUGCGUACACUCGAAGUGCGUUAAUCCGGAGCCAGUACUUGCUCGAAAAGUACGUUUGGUACCUAGGUGUAUCAACUGGUGCUUUCAUUGACGUCGUUGCAUCCAUCAUGUCCGACGAGUCCGUCUGCCCUACCUGGGAAAAAUCCAUCGCCGAACUUCGCGAUGAAUUACGGGACCAGGCUACCUACAACCACCACACUGCGCAGGCCUUGCAACGUACCAUUCAGGACUUAGCUCACACCAUUGAGAAGCUUCAAUUCACUGCAGGGACCUCUACUGUUACUCCUUCUUCCAUGGAUCACACCACUAUAUCAACUGCUCGUACGCUCCUUCCAAAAAUAGCUCUUCCCACAUUUGACGGUACCGACCCGCAUAAUUGGAUUUUCCAGGCUCAAGAAUAUUUUGAGUAUCAUAAAGUUUCAGAGGCUCAGCGGCUCUCAUUUGUGUCCUUUAUGAUGGAGCGUGAGGCCUCCGAAUGGCUUCGUUGGAUGAAAAACAAUAACCUUCUUCGCACAUGGACUGAUUUUUUGGAGCAGUUAAAGCAGCGUUUUGACCCAGCGCAUUUUGAAGAUUUUGUGGGGAAAUUAUCCAAGACUCGGCAACUCACGACGGUCGCGGCGUAUCGGGCAGACUAUGAAAAACUCUUAAAUAAGGUCACAGGGGUGCCAGAGACGAUUUUAAUCUCAAUGUUUGUCGCCAGUCUCCAAUCGACGAUUGGACGUGAGGUGCAGCGUGCCAAACCAGACACUUUAAUCCAAGCUUUUGCACUGGCUAGCGAGAUUGAAGCGCAACAUGGAGACCUCUACACAUCCUUCAAAUCCUCAUCUCACUCUAACAAACCGUUGCAACACAUGGGUCCUAAUCCUAGCCCAUCAACCCUCACUACAACUUCCAACCCAUCCCGUUUGAACCUGGCUCGACAGAAUACAUCUACCGUUGCUCACCAAAAAAAACUUCCCAUCAUCCAAAUUAGCCCAGCAGAAAAGCAAGCCAAGUUUGAAAAGGGAGAAUGCUAUACCUGUAACCAAAAGUGGUCGAGAAACCACAAAUGCCUUAACCGUGCCCUUCUCUUGAUGUGCAGCGAGGAUGAUGA